AUGCCAGCGGUACCAGUGAAGGUGCGGUAUGGAGAUGGUCCUAUCGUGGAGACGUACGCUUUUAUCGACAGUGGAAGUAGCCUGACGUUCCUGAGCAAGGAGCUUUUGAGCCAGCUGGGCAUCACAACAGCAAAGAAGUAUCAGCUUACUCUAACCACGAUGGCACAACAACCAGUCGAGCUUCAUACUUCAGCCGUCGACAACCUCCAAAUGUGUGACAUGGACGAAAACGAGCAAAUGCAGCUUCCGGAAGUGUUCGUCAUCGACAAGAUCCCAGUCAGUAGGACGGAGCUUUGUAAGGCCGAGGACGUGGAACCCUGGCCUCACGUAAGGGACGUGCUUCCAGAGGAAAUCGAAGCAGAAGUAGGCCUUCUGAUCGGCGUGAACGUACCAGAGGCCUUUGAACCCCUCGACUUCGUUCCCAGCUGUGACGGUGGGCCCUUCGCUGUCAAAACUCGCCUCGGCUGGGUCGUGAACGGCCCCGUCCGGUCCAGAAAACUGACUGAAGUAAGGGCAACGUCAAACAGGAUCAGGCUGCUGGAGAGGCAACUCUACCAGGACGAGGGUCUAGCAGCUGACGAACGUGGAUGGUCGAUCGAAGACCAUAUGUGGAUGGAAAAAGUGGAAGCUGGUUGCAUCAUGAAGGACGGACACUACGAGGUUCCCAUCCAUCCCACUGAAGAAGGAGGGAACCAUGCUACCAGACAACCGAGAGAUCUGCACGAGACGGCUACAAGGACUGAAAAGGAAGUUCCGAGACCAGAGGAAGAAGUAGCUUUCAUGGGCGAUGUCAACUCAAUGUUCCAUCAGGUGUCUGUACCAGCCGACCAGCGCGACCUGCUCCGCUUCCUGUGGUGGCGAAACGGUGACCCUGCAGAAGACGUGGAAGUCUGGCGCAUGACGGUGCAUCCGUUCGGGUUGAGAUCCAGCCCUAGCUGUGCGAGCUACGCCCUUCUACGGACAGCCGUCGACUUUGGCGACCUACACUCCACUGCAGCCUGUGAGACGAUCUCAAGCAACAUCUACGUUGAUGACCUGGUGAAGUCGGUGACGAAGAUCGAUGAAGCCAUCGACCUGGUCAGGGAGGUACGAGAGCUGUGCAGCCGGGGUGGAUUCCACCUAGCCAAAUUUGUCAGUAACCAGAGGAAAGUCCUACAAUCGAUCCCACCAGAAGACAGAGGGAAGAACGUGAAGCAACUGAACCUCGAGAAAGAACUUCCGUUGGAGAAGACGCUGGGGGUUGAGUGGCGAGUCAACCCGGACGUCAUCGGCUUCUCAACCACGGAAGAUCGGAGUAUGCCAUGCUCGAGGAGGGGAAUGUUGUCGGUCAUCGGAUCAUUGUACGAUCCGAUGGGGAUGGCUGCACCAUUCGUCGUGUGCGGUCGUAUCAUUCUACAGGAACUAACACGACGACGCUACGAUUGGGACGACCCGGCACCGGAGGACAUUCAAGCUCAGUGGGAGCAAUGGAUCCGCGGCAGAGCGCUACUUUCGACCAUCAGCGUCCCUAGAUGUGUGCAGCCAGCUGGCCUUGGACCUAUUCAGACCCGAGAGCUCCAUCACUUCGCAGAUGCAAGCUCUGUCGCGUACGGCACAGUCUCCUACCUUCGAAUCGCCUGUUGUGACGGACGAGUUCACUGUGCGUUCGUCUUCGGCAAGGCGAGGGUUCUGCCCCUGAAUGGAAAGCUCACCGUCCCACGAGCGGAGCUGACAGCAGCCACUCUGGCUGCUCGCAUUGAAGCCACACUGCGACGCGCUCUGCAAGUCAAGAUUGAUGAAAGUGUGUUCUGGACGGACAGCACAACAGUGCUUCGCUACCUCCAGAACGAAACGACACGUUUUCACACGUUCGUCACCAACCGUCUGGCCGUGAUAAGGGACGUAUCUUCUCCGGCACAAUGGAGGUACGUUGACUCAGCGAACAACCCGGCAGACGAUGCAUCGAGGGGACAAUUAGCGGACAACUUCAUCGCGAACCCGCGGUGGUUCGAUGCUCCGGCCUUUUUGUGGAAGGGACGGGAUGAGUGGCCUGAGCCCCCGGCUGGACUCGAUCGUCGGGUAGAAAACGACCCAGAGAUGAAGAUCACCAGCGUUGCAGUCGCGCACGCUGGCUGCGACCCGUUGGAGGAGCUGUUCUCUCACUACUCUGUCUGGUACAGACUCGUGCGCGCUGUAGCAUGGAUCCUUCGCCUGAAGCGCUACUUGGUAGAACGAUGCCGUAAGGUGUCUGUACUCGGAUCCGAGCCGAAGGCUCAGGAGAGACAGCGGCUUACUGUACCAGAACUUGAAGCAGCUGAGAGGGCAAUAGUCACAAGGAUUCAAAGAAGUGAGUUUGCCGCUGAUUUGGCCUCGCUGGAAGGGAGGGGCGCGGUCGGAAUCACCAGUCCUCUCGCACGGCUGGACCCGUAUCUGCACGACGGGAUGAUCAUGGGCCCGUUCCUGAACCAGAAGAUGGCGAACCUGCCUGAGGACAGGGUGACCCCAGAUGAGCCACCAUUCACAAACACCGGGCUGGAUAUGUUCGGCGUCUUCUACGUCAAGAAGGGACGAAGACAGCAGAAAAGAUACGGAAUCGUUUUUUUCGUGCCUCGUCUCGAGGGCAGUACACAUAGAAGUAGUUGA